AUGCAACAAUCCCUACUCCUCAUAUCCACGCUGGCAAUUCUUGCAAACGCAAGUUCACGAUGGCAAGCUACUUCACGGUCAUCAGGAUAUACCUCAAAUACUAAUGCCGAUGGGAGAAUAGAUAACAACAACCACAACAACGAAAUUAUCAAUGAUAGUUUGGAUCAGGAAGAUUUUAUUACGAUUCUACACACGGGGAAAGAGCGACGUUUGUCAUCACAUGAUCUUGGGUUUGAAGAGACUAGGGGAAGAAGGGGAGUCAAAAAAUCCAGCAGCAGCAGCAGCUCGAGUAGGGACAAUAUUUUUGACCACAAUCAUGGCAAGUCAUAUGGGGGGUAUAAUUCAUACAGCAGUAGCUCAAGGAGCAGCAAAAAGAGUGGAAAAGGUGGUGGAAAGGGUGGCGUUGGAAAAGGCGGAUCGGGUGGUGGUUACUACAGUGACGACACUGGUGGAACGACCAUGCCACCAACGUCGCAGCCAACAACGAUAACGGAAACCACACCGGCACCAACCAUGCCUCCACCACCAAGCACAUUUUCACCGACGCUUCCACUCAUCCAGACGCCGUCCCCAACGCAGGAACCACAAAAGGAAAUACCAACAAACCCGCCAGGACCAACACCAAGUCCUCGGACACCUUCUCCAACGGCAAUGGAGCCACCCCCUCGGAAUUGUGUGGUUAACCGAGAUGGACUAUUUGGUGCUCAGAUUGGUGUUGCCGAAGUGAUCCCGUUCGCCUAUGAGCUCAUUGUAUUUGGUACUCCAACUACGGAACAACAAAUAUCAAUGAUUAGCGCUAUGGAAGAGGGUAUCUCAAAUGCCAUCAUUCCAGUGCUGUUUGCGGAUUCGUGUAGUCCUACGUCAGCCUCGGGCUCGUCUGGAAACAGGGAAGUUCCACAAGAAGACGAAGAGACCCUUACCGAAGAAACCCCAGAACGACUUCAUAUUCACACAGGUAGCGGUAUGUUCCCAGUGAUGGCUAAAUCCAGAACGGAAGAGCGUCGACAUCAAAGUCACUCAGGCGGUGGGGGUAGCUUCACCACGAGUGCUUCGCUUCAAUGGGAUGCCGAUGAUUCCGAUCGGAGGCACAUCCACAAAAGGGAUGGAGGGAGACACUUGCAACAAACCAGACUUACUGGGCUCAGUAGCAGACCAAAGGACCAGGUUGUCGAUGAUGUAAUUUGCAGUGGAUCAAGUCUUGGUUUUGAAUGCUUCCCAGUUUUCGGUCAGCUUACAGUCUAUUCCCAAGAGAAAUUGAGUCAGUUCGCAAUUGAAGCGAUCAAGGACACUAUUGAACGUGCCAUUUCAAGUGGCAACCUGCAGAACCUUGACAAUAGGAUACUUGGUAUCAAUGAUCGGGACUUGGAUACGGAUCCCUUUCCGGAGAGUGUGGACGACACUCCGUCACCAACGUUAUUUCCAACCUUUGAACCAUUUCUUCCCGGACCCACGGAUACCGACGACGACGACGGCCUCCCACUCCCGCUUUGGGCCAUUGUCACAAUUGGAGUCGCCGGAUUGCUUCUUAUCGUUGUCCUUGGUCUCAUCUGGUGCAACCGCCGACGAAACGGUCGGCAGUAUACAGACAAUCUAUCGACCCGGACAGACAAUAACAUUGGCGAGUUAAAACGGCCAAUCCAGAAUGCUGGACCGAACUACAGGCCUCCACCGUCUAAUAUUAACAGCAACGCAUUUGGUCAACCAGGAGGUCGGCCAGCAGGAGCAGAUGCUGUAAACAACUCGGUGACUCGACCACAAGCAAGUCCUUCUAAUGAUUCCUUUGGAGCACCCAACCCGCAUCCUUCCACAAGAGAAUUUGGCCCACCCAAUCCGCACCCUUCUCCAAUAAAGCCACCAACGGCUCGUUUGAACGCUGGCAGGAUGAAUCAAGCGGGAGGGAGACAGCCCAGGCCAGGUUCUACGAGAACCAGCAAUGCUGGUGGUAUUUCGUCACCGAACCGAAGUAAUAGUAAUAGCAAUAGCACCACGAGGCCAAGUGCGGUACCGACUUCAGGGUCGUUUGGGGAUUCGUCAAAAAGUACGGCUGCAGCAGAGGCAAGAAAGGCUGCAUACGGUUUGGGACCAAUCAGAAGCCCCAUGGGUAAUAAGAAUGCUUUCAAACCUCCGGUAUCUGGUCGUCCAAAUCCACUCGACGCCUUCUCGGGUGUCAACUCUGUGUCUGGGGACGACCGAAAGUCCAUCAGUGGUGCACAAUCUGUCGGUGGCGGUGACCCUAAUCUUCCUUCGAAUAAAAAACGUCCAAUCAGUAGCGCCAAUUCAGUUUCUGGCUACAGUGCGACUGGCGGAUUUUCGGGCUCGAAUCAUCCGUCAAUGUCGGGUGGAGAGAUUGAGAUUCCAACAUCAGACGAUAGCGGACUCUCCUCAGAAAGUAGCAGUGGUAGUGGCAGCGGCAGUGGCAGCGGCAGUGGCAGCGGCAGUGGCAGCGGCAGUGGCAGCGAUGAGGAUGAGAGUGAAGAGAAUGUCACACUUUCGUCAUCGGAUCGCCGCAACGCGAAUAAAUUUGGAGAUCCAGACAAUGCAUUUGGGGAUGCGGAUAACGCAUUCGGUGUUGGGAUGAUUCCAUCUCCUCCCGCUGAAAGAUAUUCGUCGUCCUCCUCUUACGAGGAAGAGGUGGACGAAGAGUACGAAAUUGAGUACGUGGAAGACGAUGAAGACGAAGAAGAACUUUUCUUAAGCUCAUCCGCUGAUGAGGAGUUCUGGGACGAUGAAGUUGUCGAAGAAGUGGUCGAUGAUCCGGACCAACCAAUACUAGGCAAAUGGACAUCAUCGAGUUAA